AUGGAAAUAUUAUUUUGGAAGAUUAUACGUAACAAAGUUUUAUUUUAUAAAAUAUUAAAUUAUAUAAAAAAUAUUGAAUGGGAAGAAUAUAAUGAAUACUCUCAAAUUCAUAUAGAAAAUAAAAAGAGAUUUAAAGAUGUUAAUUCAUUAGAAUGGAUAUUGGUCAAUAAACAUUAUCAACUAUUGAAAUAUAAAUUAAAAUUAAAUGAAAAUUUAGAGAUUUCAAAAUACUCAAUAUCUCUUUUACUUUUAAUUAAAGAUAAAGAAUUAAAAAAGGAAUUAAUAUUAUUAUUAAUUGAAAAAAAGAGUAUUGAAAUUAAAUCAAUAAUUGAUUUUGAUUUUUUAUUUUUAAUAAUUUCAAAAAAUAAAGAACAACAAAUUGAAAUAAUUGAAAAACUAAUUAAUUCAAAUUCAUUCAAUAUUGGAGAGAAAACUUUGGAAUGGGCAAUAUCAAAUUCAUCAUUUGAAAUUGUAAAAUUAUUAAUUAAUUCACCCAAUUUAAAAAUUUCAAAUAAAAUAAAAUUCAAUUCUAUUAAACUCGCAUUCUCAAAUGAAAAAUAUAAAGAACAAAUGAUAAAAUUAAUAUUAGAUAAUGAAAAAACAUACUCAAUUAAACCAAUAGGUUUAACUAGAAGUAGUAGUGAUAAAAUUGCAAAGAUUGAUUUAAUUGAUAUUCUUUCUUUAAAUUCAAGUGAAUUAUCAAUUAAAUUAUUAAAUAUCAAUUAUUAUUAUACAAUUUCAGGUGAAACCAAUUCAAAUUCAAAAGAGUUUAAAGAAAUAUUACAAUGUGAAAAUACUACUUCCAAUGAUAAAAUUAAAACAAUUUUUAAACUUUAUUCAAUAGAAUUAUUAAACGAACAUAAAAACUUUUUAGCUUAUAAAAACUAUCUUUUAAAAUAUGGUGAAAUAAUUGAUAAUGGAUUAAAUGGACUAUUAGUUUACCAAUUUAGUUUAUCAACUUUUAAUAUAUCAACAUUUCAAUGGUUAUUAACAGAAUUUAAAACAAAAUCAACAAAUAGAGAUUUUAGUAAUUGGAAUAAAAAUUUAAAUUUCCCAAUGGCUGAUAUUAAAACUAUUCAUAAUAAUAAUAAUAAUAAUAAUAAUAAUAAUAAUAAUAAUAAUAAUAAAAAUAAUAAUAAUAAUAAUAAUAAUAAUAACUAUGGAAUGGAAAAAAUUUAUAAAUUCAUUAAUUUAUAUACAUCACAAUUAAUAUUUAUAAAUAAAGAAUUUGAUAAAAUUAUUUGUGAAUUAAUUAAUAAUUCUAGAAAUGAAGAGGAAUUUAAUGAAUUAGUUAAAUCAAUUUCAGAAAUUUCUUUAAAAAGGUUUAUUAAAUCAAUACCAAAUGGUUGGAAUCCAAUUUUAAAUAAAAUUUUAAAUUGGGAUGGUAAAUUUGAAAUAAUGGCAAAUGAUAAAUCAACAAUUGAUUUUAUUGUUUUAAAUUCAAAUUUAAAAGGUACCUAUCAAGAGAUAAUUAAAAAAGUUGAACAAUAUAAAAUUAAAUCAAUUUUUAAUUAUGAAACUUUAGAAUUAUCAAUUUAUGCAAAUAGUAAAUUUGAAUCAACUAAAAAAGAUUGUUGUUUUAAUUUUUCAUUUUUUGAAAAUUAUAAAAUUGAAAAAUCAAUCAUUUUUAUUUAUCCAUUCAUUAAAGCAAUUGAAAAAUGUGAUAUAAUAACAUUAGAUUAUAUAAUUACAAAUAUUAUUGAUUUUCAAGUUCCAACAAUAACAAAUUUAAAAAAACAUCAACAAGAAAUUAAAUUUGAAAAUAGUAGUGGUGGUGAAACUUUCACUCAAGAUAUAAAUAAUUUAGUUAAAUAUUUAUUUAAAAAUAUUAAAAAGUUCCCAUCUAAAUUUAUUAAUGAAAUAAUGAAAUUGAUUAUUGAAAUUGAUUAUCCAAAUUUUGAUUUAUCGAAAGUUUCAUUCAAUUUUAAAAAACUUGAUAAAUCAAUCAAUAUUAUUCAAUUAUUCAAUUAUUCGAUUAAGAAUUAUUUACCAAAAACACUUGAUUUCAUUUUAAAUAAUUAUAAUUUAAUUGAAAAAGGUUAUGUUUACUCAAAUAAUUCAGAAUUAGAUAAUUAUUUCAUUAAUAAUUUUAAUGAUGAUAUAGAAUUUUAUAGAUCAACAAGUACAGAAGAAUCUUUAAAUGAUUUAAUAAAUAUAAUUGAAAUUUUAAUUAAUCAUUUUAAAAUUAUUCAAAAAACUGAAGACAAUUAUAACGCCAACACUAAUUCUGGUAAUUAUAGUGAUAGUGAUGGUGAUGGUGAAAUUGAUGAUACUAUUGAAAAUAAAAAAAUUAAAUAUUUAAACUCUUUAAAAAAUUUAAUUAAUUCAUUUUUUAAGAAAUUAAUACAAAUUAAAGAAACAACUAAAGAAAUCAUUUGUAAAAUUUAUAAUUUAAUUGUAACAUCGUCAAUUGAAAUACCAAAUUCACUAUUUCAUAUUAUAUAUUAUCUUUCAAAGAGAUCAAUGGUGUUUAUUAAAUAUGUUAUGGAAAAUCCAUAUUUAGAAGAUUCAUUAAUUGGUACAUUUGAGAAUGGAAUUCAAUAUUUUCAAGAUUAUGAUAAAAUUAUUUAUAAUAUAGAUAGAGGUAAUUUUAAAACUAAUAAAUAUGAUAUCAAACAAUAUUUAAAUGAGAAUGUUUUCACAUUUAAUUUUAUAUUUAAUCAAUCAUUUGAUAACAUAUUAGAGAAAUUAAUUCAUCAUCUAUCUCAUUCACCAUCAUUUAAUCAUAAAGAAUUCAUUUCAACUAAUUAUGAUUUCCUUGGUUUUUCAUUAAAUUAUAAUUUAAAAUUUUUAUUGGAAAUUAAAAGAUUAGAUUUAUUUUUCAAAGAAUUAAAUUAUAUUCAAUCAUUAUUAUUUGAAAAUAAUUCAACAUUAGUAAUUGGUUCAUUCCCAAAUGAAUUAGAUUUUUAUCAUUCUAAUAAUAAUAAAAAUAAAAAAAAUAAUAAUAAUAAUAAAAAUAAGAAAUGUUGUGAUGAAACAACAAUUGAAAUUAUUAAUGGUAGAGUAUAUUAUUUAUCUGAAGAAGUUUAUGAAUUUUCAUUUAAAAUAAUGGAUAAAGAAUCAUUUAAAAAAUUUAGUGAAUUUUGUUCCUAUCAUUCAAUUAUUAAUUAUUUAAAUAUAUUGGUUAAAAAAGAAAAUGAUAAUCCACUACCUCUGUAUAUAUUUAAUCAUUUAGAUAGAAUUAAUCAUAUUGUAAAUAAUCAUUCUCAAGGUGAUGAUGAAAUUUCAUAUUCUUGGUUUGACCUAAUUUCAAAAUCCAAUAUUUUAAAAAAGUGCUAA